GUCAUGUCAUAAAUAAUAAUUAGGUAAUAUUGUCAUUUUGAUGAUUUGUUUAUUUCAAAAUGUAUACACCGAAAAUCCACAAAUUACUUUAGAUAACCUUAAUAUUAAAUGUAGUAAUUUAAUAUAUGAAGUAAAAAUGAACUAUGCUGUCACGUCAUGUAAUAGACUUGUCAGAAGACAAUUCUUUUUUCCUUACCUUCCUGAUAAGUUCACAACGUUGUUACCACGUGUUCAAUUCCCGAAGCGUUUCUGUGACGUAUAAAUAGAUUGAGUUGUUUGAGAUGUAUUGAGAUAAUUGCAUCAGAUAGGCAGUCAUUAUUAAUGAAUGAUGACCAUUUUUUGAAAAAGAAUAUGGUCGCAUCGGUACCUGAACUAGUGAUAGGGAAUGAAGUAGUCGAGCGUGUUGAACACUUCACUUAUCUGGGGAGUCUCAUCAACGCUGAUAGCCUGGUGACUGACGAAAUCUCAGCACGGAUACAGAAAGCUCGAUUGGCUUUUGCCAACCUGGGUCACUUUUGGCGUAGGCGUGAUAUCCGUUCGCUAACCAAAGGACGGGUGUACUGCGCAGCAGUUAGCUCCGUUCUCCUAUAUGCCUGUGAAACAUGGCUGUUAAGAGUAGAGGAUGUUCGUAGGUUACUUGUAUUCGAUCAUAGAUGUCUUCGAAGCAUUGCUCGUGUAUCGUGGGACAACCGAGUAAGCAAUGUUGUCGUUAGGAAACGAGUACUAGAUAAGGAUGGCAGAUCAAUAGAUGAAGUAGUGAAACUUCAUCAGUUGAGGUGGUCGGGACAUGUGUUGCGUAUGGCUAACCACCGACUGCCGCGACGAGCUAUCUUUUGCAGUGUAGGAGUAGAUUGGAAGGAAGCUAGAGGUGACCAAACCAAAACAUGGCACAAAUCCAUGACAAGUGGUCUGAGUCAUGUUGGUAGAUGUAGGCUACGUGGUUGGGGUUCACGAGACGAUAGUCACCAAUGGUUAGAGACCUCUUUGUUUUCUCUUCAAUUCUAACCUGCAUCCCUCCUAUUCUCUAUCUUUCUCCUUCUAAAUUUAUCUCACUAAAUUAUACUUUUCGAAUCAUAUCUUCGCUCCCUAAUCUGCAUUACUGCUAAUUAUUCUACUAUCGCUAUCACUCUUGGAUUUGAACUGACAGUUGUGUCUCUGUGCUGAUAUGGUAUGGCAACCUGAACUGAUGUACUUACGUACGAAGUUCUGCGUUGUGUCUGUCUGUCUAACAAAAGAUCAUUGUCUUCGCUCCAUCUUUACACAGCAAUAAAUGUACUCAGAUCUUUCUCAAAAGGUUCAUUUUGACAUGAUGCAUCAACAAAUUGCUUAGAGAAGAAUUAAUGGAUAAAUUUGAACCUCAAAAUAAAAAGACUUCUCACCUGCUAGUUAUGAAUUUUGGCUUCUUUCUGAAAUGGUCGGUUUUGUCUGUUCACAGUCAUUGACAUUAGGCAAUAGGUAACUGCAGCUAGUAUCCAGUCUGUUUUUAUGUUAUCAUAAAAGGGUAAAGUACAUUGUUUGAAAUGUAAAUUAAUUAAUGUGUAUUAUUGGGAGUGCUCAUUUUACUUUAUGAACUUUGCUUAAUCUAUAUAUAGUCUUUGAUGUGAUUAACAUUAUCGUGUUUUCAUUUUCUUGUUUAGUGGUAUUCGUCAACAAAAGC